GCUCAUAUCGAAGACAGGCUCACCUCUAGUCAUACUUUAAAAAAAAAGUAGAUAAAAAGAAAGAAAGGCGCUUGUCGAUCAUGAGUCCAUGACAAUAAAAACCUGAUAGAAUAGAAUAAGUGUUUAAACUCACCUUCUAUCAAAUUGAGGAAUCAGAUCGGAGCUGAAUCCCAUGUUUGAAUAAAUCACGUUUCCAAGGACAAUACAGACUUGAUUUGGGCUCCAUCAUUUGAAAGUACGUACUUAGGUCGAUGGCCAGGACUAAACAAACAAAGAGAAAGAAGAAGCGAGGUACUAAAUACUUGGAGCAAUCUCCGCACAAUGCAUAUGCGAAGAAACCUAGAACUACUCAAUGGAAUUUACCUGAUUGGAACCCGGGGCGGGAUGAGAUUCCUGACAAGUUUCAUAGGUCGGUUGAUGGACGGGUUGGGACUUCUAAGUCGGUUGAUAGGCGGGAUGAGACUCCUGAUCAGUUUAAUAAGUCCACUGAUAGACGGGUUGAGACUCCUAAGUCUGUUGAUAAGCGGGAUGAGAAGACUCCUGAUGAGUCUUAUAAGUCGGUUAAUAGGCGGGAUGAGACUCCUAUAUUGGCUGAUAGACGGGAUGACAAUCCUAAUCAGGCUCAUAGGUUGGCGGAUAGACGGGAUGAGACUACUCACGCUUCAUAUAGGUCUCAUUGUUUGAAUGUGCGGCCUUGUUCUCCUUGUUUACAUGUGGGGCAUACUCCAUAUAGCCAAAGGCUGGCGGAUUCUGAAAAGUGGGAUGAAAUUAUUACUUUUGCGGAUAAGUGGGAUGAGACUGUUACGUUGGAAUAUGAGAUUCCUGAUUUGAAUAAGUGGGAUGCUAUGCUGCCGUUUUUGAAAGUUGUUUGUCAGAGUAAGAAAUCAUGGGAAGCUCGUGACUCAGGUAUUAAAUUUGUUAAGCAAAUUGCUAUACACAUGGGUCAUGCAGUUCUUCCUCACCUGCGACCACUUGUAGAAAUUAUAGAACAAGGUCUAUAUGAUGAGAAUUCGUGGAUUAGAACUAGUACGGCCCUGUCUUUAGCGGCUCUCGCUCAGGCUUCUGCUCCAUAUGGUAUUAUGAGCUUUGAGUCGGUUUUCGAUCCGUUAGUUAAUGGUAUUAGGUCAGAAUGGGGAGAAACAUUUGCUAGUUUUUUGAAGGCGAUUUUCUUUUUAAUACCUUUGAUGGAUGCAUUACAUGCAAGACAUUAUGCGAAAAUAAUCAUGGAUAUAUUAAUAUGUGAGUCUGAGUCACAUUAUGAAGAAACCGGGGAAAUUCUGGAAGUGGUGAACCAGUGUGUAAGGGUCGAAGGUGUUGAGGCUGAUUAUAUUAGGGAAAAUAUUCUUCCUGAAUUUUUCCGGAGGUUUUUGUGUGAAUAUACAGAUUUUGGGGAUAGAAAGCAACUUGUUGAGAUAACAUUUGAAAUAACAAAAAAAGUUGGGGUUGCUGAUAUUGUUGAAAAAAUUGUGGAGGCCCUUAAAAAUAAGCGUGAACCAUGUAGGAUGGUGGCUAUGAAGGCAAUUGAGAAGAUCGUAGCUAAUUUGGGUGCAACAAAUAUUAAUGGUCAUUUGGAGGAGCUUUUGGUAGAUGGCAUUCUUUAUGCAUUCAAAGAGCAGACCAGCUCUGAUAUAUUUAAUAUGACGCUUAAUGGUUUUGUCGUGGUCCUGAAUUCUCUGGAGUGGAGGGUUAGGCCUUAUCUUCCCCAAAUAUGUGAUACAAUCAAGGUGUGUUUGGACAACAAGAGCUGCAAGGUGAGACAGAAGGCAGCAUAUGCUAUUUCCCAGAUUGCAGGGGUCCUGAAACAAUGUGAGGAAGAGCAACUUAUGGCAAAUCUCGGGGUUGUCUUACAUGAGAAAUUAGCAGAAGAAUGCCCUGAAGUCUUAGGAUCAGUAAUGGAAGCACUUAAAGCAAUUAAGCAUCACCAGUGACAGAUUCUUUUGCAGCUGACAGAGAUUGUGACCAUCAAUUAGGCAAAAGUAAAAAUAUUCUCGUUCUCUUCUUUUUAUUUUCUUUCUUUCACAGAGUUCAAAAAGUUUAAGCAUACUAAUUAGAAUGAUGAAUCAAUCCAUUGAUCAUGUUCUUUGAUAAAUAAUGAAGAAAUAUUCUGUUAAGAGGCUGUGUGAUGAACUUAAAGCAACUCUAAGAGCUACCUAUACUCCCUCCUUAGUUAAAAUUUGGGUAGAUUGAAGCAAAAAUCAUCUCCAACAAUCUCCUUACUAUUGUUAGGAGCUCUUAAUUUCUCCUCAAUAGUGAGGAGCAUCUUUUGCUCCUUCUUUUAAUUUUAUAUUAAGUUAUAUUGAUAUGCAUUCUGCAGUACAUUCAACAGUUAAGAGUACAUUCUAGUCGCAUGCAAUUAAAAACAUCAAAACUGAUAAAAGACAGAUAGGGAUGAACAUUGAAGAGCCUUGUUGGAAUGAAAAGAUGAAAAUUUAUGUUAAAUAACUAAGGGUCUAUGUAAACAUAUAUUAUUUUUUAAAGGGACUGGGGUUAGGGUUGCUGAUUGCUCUUAACCAAUAUAAUUAUAUUAUGUAUGGAAGACUAAUAUCAUGGAUUGAGUUGGCUUUCUUACUAUAAAUCUAACUAGUUGUUUACUGCAAAGUACUAUUUUUCCUGCUUGUUGCUGGUUUGCUGUUGAAAUUUUCUGUUAGUGCUGUUGCAGUUCUUGCUACUUCUGCACAAUAUUUGAGGACUCCAACUGAACUGUUAGACAUUGGUUUUUUUACUGCUUUUGUUACGCUAAGCAUAAAUGUGCUAGUAAUAAAUGCUAUUCACAGAUAAGACCCUA